CUAACACGGAUUGAGUUAAGACGUCAGAGUGGUACUACAAUGCAAGACAAGGUUGCAGAGGCAUGUGCCUUGUACAAGUCUGAAGAUGAACAUGGCAAAGCAUUUCAGUUCAUGCAUUGCUGGAAUAAGCUGAGAACAAAACCAAAAUGGCUUGCUAAAAUUGAUGAAUUGGCUGCUGGUAAAACAUCUAACAAGAAGCAGAAGACAAGCUCUACUGCUGAUCCGAGUGCAGCUUUACCAAGUGAAACAGAACCAGGUGCAGUUGAAGGCCUGGAGGCUUGUGCAUUGACAAGGCCAAUAGGUAAGAAGAAGGCAAAAGCAGCAUUGCUGCAAGAGAAGAAAAAAAGUGUGACAGCAACCUUAGAAAAUAUGUGGGCACAGAAGAAAGAAACUGAUGGGGAGAAAGAGCUAAAGAAAGAAGAGAGGUUCAAUAAAGCAUUUACUCUUGAACAGGAUCGAGUUGCAAAUGGAAAACUACUUCUCCAAGUGAGGAGUCAGGAGGUUGAGGUGAGGAGUCAGGAGGUCCAGGUGCAGAAAAAGAGGGAUGAAGAGAGGAUUAUGACCAUGGACCUUACUGCCAUGCUAGAUGAUGACCUAAAGAAAUACUACAUGUGCUUGCGGGCUGAGAUCAUGAGCUGA